AUGUCCUUGACGUCGGACAAUGAUAUUAUUUGGCCAUGGCAAUACAAGUUCCCGCCCUUCUUCACUCUUCAACCAAAUGCUGAGACCCGUCGCAAACAAAUAAAUGCGUGGUGUCAGUUAGUCCUUAAUUAUUUUCAAAGUAAAAAGCAAUUCUCACUGAGUGUUGCAAGUAUUCGUGAUCCCUCCUGUCCUCUCUUUAAUAACAAAAGUAUUCAGCGCUCAGCAAGCCCAGAAUUGAUCGACCUCAUUUUGACUGAAUUGCAUAAGCGUGGUAAUCUUGAGUGGGUUGACAGGUCUCAUACCAAUGCCAAGAUUAUAUGGCGGACUCCUGAAGAAUGGGCUGAUAUUAUAGCGAGGUGGGCCCGAUCCACUGGUCACGGAAAUUCAGUUUGCACAUUUUACGAGUUGACUGACGGUGACGAUACAAAGCAAGAAGCUUUUCAUGGUUUAGAUGUAUCUGUCUUAACAAAUGCAUUAA